AUGGAACAGGCUCCAGAGAAAAAAUUUCCCCUAAAUUCUAAAGAUUAUGAGUUAUAUGAGGAAGUUGGAGAAGGUGUUAGUGCUACUGUAUAUAGAGCCCAUUGUGUUCCACUUAAUGAGAUAGUAGCAAUCAAAGUUCUCGAUCUUGAAAAGUGCAAUAAUGACUUAGAUAACAUUCGACGAGAAGUGCAAACAAUGAUUUUGAUUGACCAUCCAAAUCUCUUACGGGCACACUGUUCCUUCACCGCUGGUCACAACCUAUGGGUCGUGAUGCCUUACAUGGCUGGUGGAUCUUGCUUACACAUAAUGAAAUCAGCUUAUCCGGAAGGCUUUGAGGAGCCCGUUAUUGCUACAUUAUUACGUGAGGUCCUCAAAGCUCUUGUGUAUCUUCACCACCAUGGACAUAUCCACCGAGACGUGAAGGCUGGGAACAUACUGCUAGACUGUGAUGGUUCUGUUAAAUUAGCAGAUUUCGGGGUUGCUGCUUGUAUGUAUGACACUGGUGACCGUCAACGGUCAAGGAAUACUUUUGUGGGAACCCCGUGCUGGAUGGCUCCUGAAGUCAUGCAACAAUUACAUGGAUAUGAUUUUAAAGCAGAUAUCUGGUCAUUUGGAAUAACUGCACUUGAACUUGCCCAUGGUCAUGCUCCAUUCUCCAAGUACCCGCCAAUGAAGGUUCUGCUAAUGACGCUUCAAAAUGCACCACCUGGGCUGGACUACGAGAGAGAUAAAAGAUUCUCCAAGUCAUUCAAAGAAAUGGUUGCUGCUUGCUUGGUUAAGGAUCCCAAAAAACGGCCCUCCUCCGAGAAGCUUUUGAAGCACGCAUUCUUUAAACAUGCGCGUUCCAAUGAAUAUUUAGAUCGUACUAUCCUUAAUGGUCUGAACCCUCUGGGAGAACGUUUUAGGGUUCUUAAGGCCAAAGAAGCUGAUAUGCUUGUUCAGAAUAAGGCAUCUUAUGAGGACAAGGAGCAGUUAUCACAGCAAGAAUACAUUCGCGGAGUCAGUGCUUGGAAUUUCAAUUUGGAGGAUCUGAAGAACCAAGCAGCCCUUAUUCAAGAUGAUUUUAUGUCAAAUUCAGAGGAUUCCAGUGUAAGCGGAAAGAACAUGGACGUACAGGAGGAGUCAUUCUCUGAGAAGGCUGAUCAUUCUAAAGAUGCAUCUCAGAUGGAGGACGAGCUCAAUGGCUUGAAUCAUUUGGAGGGUUCGCUGGCUGUAUUUCCUGAGAAACCUCUUCAGGCUCUCAAGGGUUUUUUUGAUGUUUGUGAAGAAGAUGAUGCUGGUACUACUGGUAGUCUAAGUUCAAGAGGAUCUGUCCAUUCAGAUUCUGAACAAACUCAACAUCAGUCAUCCACAAGUGCUGUGGGUCGAGAAGCUACAAGGAAUGACAGUGUGGAUUCUUCUCAAAGUGGCUCAUUCAUACCAUCAGCACUUUCGGGGCGUAAAAAAUUUCCCAGUGGCUCGCUAUUACAUGAUAAUGUUCUCUCUCCUAAAAAGCUCUUUGGUGAUGGAGAUAGGGAAUAUUUGCAACCAAGAUAUCAGUCGGAACGGAAUCAUAGUGGUCCGCUGCAGUAUCGCCAGAAAAAAGAUUUUAUUGCUGGUGACGAUACAUCCGAAGGUGCUAUAGUCGAACGUAGAGGACGUUUUAAGGUCACUUCAGGUGAUCUUAGCUCCAAGGUUCCUAUGAACAUGUUUAAUCCGGUUUCUAGUGGGUCAACUAGCCCGAUUACAUCAAAUGCUGCUUCAUUUCUCCCAUCAUUGCAGUGUAUCCUGCAGCAGAACACCGCACAAAGAGAAGAGCUAGUUAAGUUGAUAAAGCUUGUCGAACAAACUUCUGGCAAUGCUAGUGAGUCAACUGCGUCAGGAUCAAUUGAUCCUUUGCAGAGUACUGCCAGGGAGAGGGAGUUGCAUGCUCAAGUGAUUCAACUACAACAAAGCAUUGGGAGUCUUGUUGAAGAACUUCAGAGACUGAAGACUAAAAAUUCACAGUUGGAAAGAAAACUGAAUGCAAUACUUAAGCAAGAGGACAAGAUACGAGAAUAA